AUGAACCACUCUCCGCAAUUAUCUGAGGAAAGCAAGUCCACAGGAGGUGAAGUACUGUGCAGGCUUGGUAUGGAGUCGGAUAGGAGGAUUUGUUCCACAGAGAGUGUCGGGCUAGCCCCGAGCCCGAAUAGAGAAACUUCCAGUUCCAGCCCUCCGCUUCUGCUUUCGCCGGGGCUUGGAGGCCUGGGAGCCUUGGGCAUCAUGGGCGAGGCCGCCGGGGCCGAUUGGGAGAGCAGAGAAGAGCUGCGACUGCGAGAGCUGGAGGAAGCCCGGGCCAGAGCGGCUCAGAUGGAGAAAACCAUGCGCUGGUGGUCAGAUUGCACUGCAAAUUGGAGAGAGAAAUGGAGCAAGGUUCGUGCAGAGCGUAACCGUGCACGUGAUGAUGUCCGCCAAUUAAGGCAGAGGCUUGACGCCUUGACCAAGGAGCUGACUAACGUUCGUCGGGAACGUCAAGAACUUGCAUCGGAGAAUGAAAUGCUACGAAAUGAUGGGAUGCAUCUUCACGAUGAAUCAACAGCUCUUCCAGCCAGAGGUUCUACGUCUUCCCCUCCACACCACAUAUGUGCUUUUUCUGCCUCUUCUAGUCCAUCUGUUUCACCUUCUGCUUUUACCUACUCACCCUCCACUAUGCAAGUCAACACUGAUUGCCACCAUGACAAGUUAGGUGAAGGGGUAACUCCAUCACCAGAGCCAGAACCAGUGAAGGACAUGGAUACGAGCGCACGAAAAAAAGUUCAACAAAAGCAGAUGGUGCUUCUUCAGUCAGUGCUCCAUUUACAAACUCCAGUGGACAACGAUCAAGGGGCCUGGGAUAACCAGAGAGGAAAUAGUGACAUUAUUCCAUCAAGCACCUUCGUGAGCCGACAAGAACGCAAAAGGCAGCUGUGGGGAAUCAACAGCACCACAGAGGAUGACCUAAGCAAACUCCAUGUGUUACAGCUUCGUCUGGACGAGUCCCAAAAAGUCCUGCUGAAGGAGAGAGAGGACAAGCGUUCAUUGAUUAAGAACAUUGAGAAAUUGGAGACAGAUCUCAACCAGUGGAAACUAAAAUAUGAGGAUCUUAACAAAAGCAAACAGGAAGCCCUUAAACAGCUAAAUCUGUUGAGGGAAAUGCAUCAAGAUGAACUUGGCCGUAUAUCUGAAGACCUGGAGGACGAACUGGGAGCCCGUACUAGCAUGGACAAGAAACUAGCUGAAUUACGAACUGAGAUGGAGAGGUUGCAGGUAGAAAAUGCAGCAGAAUGGGGUCGCCGAGAGCGUUUGGAGACAGAGAAACUGGCACUGGAGAGGGACAACAAGAAGCUGAAGGCUCAGACUGAAGAUCUAGAAGAACAGAUUGCAAAGAAAUGUCGCCAGGCUGCAUCAGCAAUCAGCACUGACUUGAAGGCCAUCCAGACUGAGUUGUUUGAGAAAAACAAGGAGUUGGCUGACCUUCGCCACAUUCAUGCUAAGCUGAAGAAGCAGUUCCAGGAGAAGAUAGCAGAGCUAACCCAUGCAAACCGGAGAGUGGAAAGCCAUGAGGCUGAGGUCAAAAAACUGCGACUUCGAGUGGAAGAGCUAAAGAAAGAAUUAGGACAGGCUGAAGAUGAGCUGGACGAGUCCCAUAACCAGACAAGGAAACUCCAGAGGUCUUUGGAUGAACAGGUUGAGCAGUCCGAGAACCUGCAAGUACAACUGGAACACUUGCAGUCAAGGCUUCGCCGCCAGCAGCUGAGUCCUGGUCUGUUUGGGAAGAUGCGAUCAGCUCGGUUCAGUCCUGAUAACCCAGAUGGCUCAACUAGUGACAUUGAUGAGGAAGAAGAGCAACUGCAUCUCCAGAUUCAUGGAUGA